GAGGGCCCGGUCAGUGUCGGAGCUCGAGCGCCGGGGUGUUUUGCCCCCUCCAGCCCCGUUCUAGCCCUCCUCGCGCCCCUUCCCCGCCUCUCAGCAUGGCCUCGUUCGUGUGCAGGGUGCAGUUUCUGGAUGACACGGACCCGUUCAGCAGCACGAGCUUCCCCGAGCCCGCGCGCCCCCCGCGCUUCUCCUUCAGAGAGGACCUGCCGCUCAGCAGCCAGCUGCCCGCGCUCCACCGCCUGCUGCGCGCGCCGCACCGGUUAGAUGACUGCGCUCUGCAGCUUUCUCAUAAUGGAACGUAUCUGGAUCUGGAAGCUUCUCUGGCGGAGCAGAGAGACGAGCUGGAGGGAUUUCAGCAGGAAGAUGAGUGUGGAGGAGGGAGGGGGAAGAAGCACAGCGUUAUCCUGCGGACUCAGCUGAGUGUGCGCGUUCACGCCUGCAUUGAGAAGCUGUAUAACUCUGCCGGGCGUGAUCUCCGGAGGGCGCUCUUCUCCCUCAAACAGAUAUUUCAGGACGAUAAGGAUCUGGUACAUGCAUUUGUGAUGGCGGAGGGACUGACCUGUCUGAUAAAGGUUGGAGCUGAAGCUGACCAGAAUUACCAGAAUUACAUUCUCAGAGCUUUAGGUCAGAUCAUGCUGUAUGUGGACGGGAUGAAUGGGGUCAUAGAUCAUCCUGAAACCAUCCAGUGGCUCUACGCUCUGAUUGGCUCGAAGUUCCGUCUGGUGGUGAAGACGUCUCUGAAGCUGCUCCUGGUCUUUGUGGAGUAUUCAGAGUCCAACGCUGCUCUGCUUAUUAAAGCCAUCAACACUGUGGACUUCAAGAGAGGGCGGAAGCAGUGGUCCAAUGCGAUGGAGAUUUUGAGUGAAAAGGAUGGAGUGGACACAGAACUGCUGGUGUACACCAUGUCCCUCAUUAACAAGACUUUAGCGGCUCUGCCUGAUCAGGACUCCUUCUACGACCUGGUGGACGUUCUGGAGGAGCAGGGCAUGCAGGAAGUGACCCGCAGAUACAUCGGACGCAAAGGAACCGACCUGGACCUGCUGGAGCAGCUCAACCUCUACGAGGCAACCCUUCGUCACGAGGACGGUGAUGACGAUGGCCAGGCUCCUCCCACCGGCGGCCGCGAUCGCCGCAGGUCCAGUGUGGGUGGGGCAGAGGGGCGGGGCUUAGAGAGACGCCGCAGUCGUAGACAUUCAUUGGGCAGAACAGGCAGCGCCACCCCUUUAAGCCCCACCUCCCCACAUCGCACAAACUUCCAUCCAUUUAAUGGGGAAGUGAGUGAGAGGUCUUUCUCUGCUGCUCCAUCUACACCCACCAAACAGCAGAGUGACAGGCCUCCUCUGGGUGGUCUUCUCUCGUCCUCGUAUCGUCAGCAUCAGGAGUCAUUGGCAGCGGAGAGAGAGAGGCGCAGGGUCGAGAGAGAGGAGCGACUGCAGAGGAUAGAGAGAGAGGAGAGGAACCGACACAGCCGAGAGUAUGUGGUGAACAUGGAGGAGGCACGACUGGCACGAGAGGAGAGGUUUAAGACAGUGGAGAGGUUGGCUGCGGAGGAGUACGAGCGAGAUCGUGUUCGUUUGGCUCCUCGUUCUCUCACUCCGACUGACACCUAUCAGUCAACUGACGAUGACACGCCCACAUCGGUGACAUCACAGGACGACCAGGACACAAUCGUUACGUCUUCACACCUGCCCUGCGAGCCAGACUCCCGGGCCAGUCCAGAACCAGAGCAGAAAGAAGAAGAACCCACAGAACAGGAAGAAGAAGCAGAACAAGAAGAGGAAGUGGAGGAGACCAGUGCUGAAAAGGAAGAAGGUGGGUCAGAAGCAGGGGAGGGGCUAGUGGAAGAAGAGGAGGAGCGAGAGCAGGAAGCCCCAGAUGCAGAGGCGGAGGACAGUGGGAUCCUGAGCGAUAAAGAACGACAGAAUGAAGAAGUGAAUGAGAAGGACAACUGUUCAGCCUCCAGCAUUUCCUCAUCCAGCAGCACUCUGGAGAGAGAGGAGAGAGCACACGGCAACGGAGCAGAGACAGGUCCGAGCGGUCAGGAGGGCAGCGCUAGUGAGCAAUGCAGCGAGAUCUUGAACAGCAAACUGUUCAUGCUGGACAUGCUCUACUCGCAGGGAAGUAAGCAACGCUCUCAGGAGGAGGAAGAAGAGGCAGAGGAAGAGGCAGAGACUGAGAAAGAGAAAGAGGGUGAAAGAACCGUGGAGGAGGCAGGAGGAGAAGAAGAAGAAGAGAAGAAGAAGCUUGAGGGCGGGAUGGUCCGAGCUUUUGCAGAACGUUUCGGAGACCUGGUCAAAGGUCUAAGCUCUCCGCCAAUAGGAGAGCAGGAAAGUCCAGAGAAACAGCAGCAGCCUCCACAGGCUCCGCCCCCUCCAAAGAAGGAGUCGGACUACAUCUGGGACCAGCUGAUGGCGAGCCCUCGCGAGCUCCGUAUCGGGGAUAUUGACUUUACCGAUUUGGUUGACGAGGACGAUCAGGAUGUCCUGGACUCUGGAGAUUUGAUAGGAAACUCAAAUCUGCCCCCACCCCCUCCACCCCCUCCAUGCCCCUUCAAUUUGCCCCCUCCCCCUCCCCCACUGGCCACCGGGGUCAGGCCCCCUCCUCCCCCACCCUUUUUCUCUGCCCCUACACCCCCUUCGCCCCAGCUGGGCUGUCCGGAGCCACCGCUCUUCCAGAAGAAGAAGAAGACAAUCCGUUUGUUCUGGAGUGAAGUCCGGCCGGCGGAGUGGCAGUUCCUGGGCCAUAAGAGGGGCCACCUGUCAAUGUGGUCCAAACUGGAGCCUGUAAAACUGGACACGGCCAAACUGGAACACCUGUUCGAGAGCAAGUCUAAAGAGGUGCCCGCAGCCAAGAAAACAGCAGCAGAUGGUAAGAGGCAAGAGAUCAUUGUCCUGGACUCCAAACGCAGCAACGCUAUCAACAUCGGCCUGACCGUCCUCCCACCACCACGCACCAUCAAAUCCGCCAUCCUCAACUUCGACGAGUAUGCGCUCAACAAGGAGGGAAUAGAGAAAAUUCUAACGAUGAUUCCUACAGAGGAGGAGAAGCAGAAGAUUCAGGAAGCUCAGCUGGCCAAUCCAGAUAUACCUCUGGGCAGCGCUGAGCAGUUCCUCCUCACGCUGUCCUCCAUCAGCGAACUGUCCGCCCGCCUGCAGCUCUGGGCCUUCAAACUGGACUAUGAGGCCACUGAGAAGGAAGUGGCGGAGCCUCUGCAGGACCUGAAAGAGGGCAUGGAGCAGCUGGAGAAGAAUAAGACGCUCCGCUAUGUCCUGUCAACCCUGCUGGCUAUCGGCAACUUCCUCAACGGGUCGAACGCUAAAGGUUUUGAUCUGAGUUACCUGGAGAAGGUUCCAGAGGUGAAGGAUACGGUUCAUAAACAGUCACUGCUGCACCACGCCUGUUCUACUGUAGUGGAGAACUUCCCCGAAAGCACAGACCUGUACUCAGAGAUAGGAGCUGUUACACGCUCUGCUAAAGUGGACUUUGACCAACUGCAGGAGAACCUGACCCAGAUGGAGCGGCGCUGCAAAGCUUCAUGGGAGAACUUGAAGGUCAUCGCCAAGCAUGAGAUGAAGCCGGUGCUGAAGCAGAAAAUGAGUGACUUCCUGAAGGAGUGUGCAGAGCGUAUCAUCAUACUGAAGAUAGUGCACAGACGCAUCAUCAACAGGUUCCACUCGUUUCUGCUGUACCUGGGCCAUCCUCCGUACGGCGUUCGGGAGAUCAGCGUCCACCGCUUCAGUAAAAUCAUGAGUGAGUUUGCGCUGGAGUAUCGGACCACCAGAGAGCGCAUUCUACAGCAGAAGCAGAAGCGAGCCGACCACCGCGAACGCAACAAAACCCGCGGCAAGAUGAUCAUGGACGUCGCUGCUCCGACUGAUGAUGAAGAAGAGAACGAGACCGGUCAGACGGUCGGGGGCAGCAGUAGCAGCAGUGUUGGCGGGAGCAGCAGCAGCGCCCCCAGUGGAGGGCAGAGUGAAGUGCAGGGUUUGAGCCAUGCGGAGGACGCAGCCGAGCACGAGCACAUGAAGGCCGUCCUGAAGGGCAGCCUGCAGGGCGGCAGCACUGAGAGCAGCGUGUUACCAGGGUUACGCACACGUACGCGGGCGCGGCCCAGCAGAGGCCGAACUGCCUGGGCAGCGGCGAAUGAGGAAGGUCCUGGAGUGACCGAUGAUGCGGCUGAUGAGAUCAUGGAGCGGAUCGUACGCUCGGCCACUCAGGGUCCACGAGAACGGACGCAACCACGGGAACGCAGACGCUCACGCGCCAACCGCAAAUCACUGAGACGGACGCUGAAGAACGGUUUAACUCCAGAGGAAGCUCAGGCUCUGGGCUUGGAGGCCUCAGAGAUGCAGGUGUGAAGAUCCACACACUCCUGCUUCCACGUGCACCACACCCCCCUCCUCCAUUUACCUUCCACACAUCCUCAGCCCCCCGCCAGAUCCACACUGACCGCCCCGCUUCAGGACCCCCUGCUCUGGGCAGCGUUUCUCCAGGUCCAGGAUGGUGGACUCCACAUGUGUUCCUCUCUCCUUAGAGAUCCUACAGGACUCCGCUGAGUAGAACUGUUUCCAGACAGUGUCCACUGUUCUCGUA